GUUCCUUCCAACGGCGAGCAAUACCAUUUGUAUGAGAUAUGACACGAUCUUUACGAUUUCCCUCACUUUGGAGAGCGGCAACAGUUUGCACUCGUUUCGAUUUCCUCACGGCAUUGUGUGUGCAUUAGGGCAGUGAAAGAAAAUAUAUAGAAAGCUAUAUGUAAACAUUAUAUAUAGACAGAAACAGAUACAGAUGUAGCCUAUUGUAUGCACUAAUUUAUUGCAAAUAGCUACGCGCAUAACUAUAAGAUUUAGCUGUUUAAUAUGCAUAUAAAGUAUAUAUUAUAUAUUUCGUAAAUGCAGCAAACGCAGCAACAAUUGUAGAAACAUAACCUAAAGAAAAGUUUACUUCAAAUAUCAUACUUAACAUGAAUGCUGUACAAACAAAAGUCUUAAAGUACAUACAAUAUAAUUAAAGCUAUAUACACAUUGUAUAUGUCUGUGCUUGCAUCCUUUUACCGAUACAGCACAUUUUGCAUUCAUAGAAGAAAACCAACCAACCCGUAUAGUAGCAUUAGAUUAAAGCUAGUUUAUAAGUCCAGCAACAUAAACAAAUCAAAAGGAAAACCCAUAAAGAAAUUAAUGAAAUUUCUUUAUAACACACACACACACAAACACCCCCACAACCAACACACGAAUCAAUUGAUAAAAUAAUUAAACAAGAAGUGGAAAAAUCUAUUUUAAAUAUUGUAUAUGUUUAAUGUGUCGGAAUUUAAAAUAUGAACGAGAGAGAGAGUGGAAAAAUUAAUAGUAUGUGCUGCAUGAAAUAUAUAUAAUUUAUGGUACGAAACGUCGCAUCUACGGUGCGACAAGCAAGAAACUUAAAUAGUAACUAAGUUAUCUUUAUUUACUAACGCUUAAGUUUUGAGCGUUUGAAUUGCUGGAUCUAUAUAAACCACAAACAAAAUCUAUGUAUAAUGGAGUGGAAUUAAGUAAACAAAAGUAUAAAUCGCCCAAACCACAAAUAACAAAAACAAAAAAAUGGCAAAAGUAACACAGAAAAAUUAAAAAAAGAAGGGGAUACAAAAACCGAUUGAAUAUGGAAAUAUGUUUAAAUAAGUAUUUUAGUGUUAAUUAUACAAUUUACAAGUACACAACACAAACAAAAAAAAAAAAAAACAAUAUAAUAUAAAAUGAAAUAAAGUUUUAAAACAAUAUUUGUAAAAAGUAAAAAAGAAGUAAAGGUGUUAUAAAUUAUUUAAGGGCGACAUUGAGUGUAAAAGAAAUUUUAUUCCUUUAUAAAAUUCGAUUAAGGGGAUUGGAUGGUUUUAAAACUCAGGAAUUAUUUGUUUAAACAAUUCUUUUUAAAGGGUACUAGCAGCUUCGUUCCAAUUUAGCAACAAUUCCAUAUGGUAAAUAAUAGUCGUGUUAUUUGCAAUCGCAGCACCAUCAGUUGGACUCAAUCUCUUGAUGACUAUACAUCAAAAAGAUUUCAGUUCCCGCUGGCAUUAAUUGAACAAUUUUGCAGCAGACGCGUGCGUCCGGCUAUCUGGUUUUGGCUGUGGUUCUGACCGAAACAAUUGGUCCGGCACACGCACAUGGCUAAUGAACGGACACCAUCGGCCAUUUGGAAUUGGUUGUCGGGGCAACUGGCCGUUCGAUUGUGGCCCAUACAAAUUGAGAUGGCUGAUACACACUCGCUGGACACUCGGACCGUGUUGUCGUCGUUGCGCUUGGCGCUGCACAAAAUCGAUAGGUUAAGGAGUGGCGGAGCAAUGCAUAUAGAGCGAACUUCUUACGUGGUCCGCUGGGCUGGUCAGGAAAUUGAGUAAGAGCCACUAAUCCCAUAAAUGCGGCAAAGUGGCGUCCUGUUUUUACACUUGCAUGGGUUUGAUGCGGACAGUGGGUGGAGUCAGUGGCGGGAGCGAUGGCCCGCUGCCGGAGGAGUCGAUCUCCACUCUAAACCAUUGCCCGACCUACAGGCAGAUUCCAGGCGCGGGAACAGGAGCAGGAUCGGCGCCGGCCAAGCGAGUGCCUGUUCUGUUCUCAACGAAUCGAGGGCUCUAUCUGCGACUCGCCCAGCCACUGGAGGGUCAGGUGGAGGUAAAGACACUUCAGCCGCGCGGACAAAACUACAACAUCAGUUUCUGCGAUCUGGAACGCUGGAGUACCAACCGAGCGAAUGUGGUCAGUCUCGAGGACACCUUCACCAUCAUGCAGCAGCGAAACAUGUCGCCAGAGUCUCACAACUAUCAGCCUCGGUUGUGGAAAAACAAUGUCAGCUACAGCCUGAUGCACUGAACUGAAAGCAC